GGUGAUAAUAGAAAACCCAUAUAUUGUACUAGCUAGCUGUUUUUAUUAGAUGGCACACUUUAUCUAAUUGCAUCGAUAGUUGCGCUCAGAGUGUCGAAGAAUAAAAUGGUUUUAACAAAUAAUAAAUAUAUUUUGGUUGUAAAAUAUAUAUAUUAAUGAAUGACUUAUGAACGACAGUGAAAAAAAGACAAAAUAAUAGAACAAGCAAAAACAGUAGUUGACAGUAUCAUAAAAGAAUAAAAUUAUUGUCAAGAAAAAGGUUGUCUUCAAAACCUCUUUUCUCUAACAGUUUUCCCGCGACUUUACCUGCUUUAAUUAUACCCUAUGUUAGCCGCGUAUGAUGUAGCUUCCCGUUGGUGAAAGCAUUUAUAAAAUAGGUUGAGUAAUAUCGGAACCUAUUCGAUGUAAACAAUGAAAUCAUACCUCUUGAUAAUAUUAAUAUAGAUUACUGUUUCCGUUCCAUUACCUAAUAAAAUAUUAUGUAGGCGAAAUAAAGGUGUUCAUAAUUCCCUUGUAAAAUUUCUAUUACCAUUAUUAUAUACAUAUUUAUUGACAUCGUUGACCAAUUAUAAAAUGAAAUAUGUGAAGGUUAUUUUAAAUUACUCGGUUUAGGAGAAUUGCACGUUAUUGGCGGAGAUCAACAAUUUGCGUACAGAGUUGAAGUCAACUCGUACACGUUGCUUCCAAAUGGAAUCGAUUCUCGGUCUAUCGGCGCGGUACAUACCGCCUGCCACAGCGCGCGCAAAACUGAAACAUGUUACCGAAGAUAGAGAGAAACUUGAUGAGAAAUUCAAGCAAAAAAUCGAGGAAAAAGAAGAUAUCAUCGUCACUCUCAAGGAAGAAAACGAUAGACUACUUGGGAAGAUUCGUUGUAUCGAAGAACCACAGAAACCUUUUGAAUCUUAAAAAUAAAUAGAUUUUUAAAGUAAAAUGCAUUUUCAUUAUAAUUUAAUAUACCUACCCAUUUUUUUAGGUUUUUUACAUUCUACCAAGCUUACAAAUUAAUUUAUAAUUGCGUAUAUUUAUUUAGUAAAUAAACCAACUGACUGACCGAUUUGAUCAUUCUGGGUGUGGAUAGGUUUGAUUGCUCUAGAAGUGUUUGUGCUAUGGUUACCGAGAAUCGACAGUUUGAAAAUACAGUCACCCUGCAUUAAUAGCGCUAUUAAUAAUCAGUCAAAAUAUAUAAAUAUUCCUAACUAGCUGACCCGACAGACUUCGUCC